CGGCAGAGACGGCAAUUCAAUUCAAUAGCCUUUCGUUGUUGGUACUCUCUGUGUGUGUUUUUCAAUAAAGCGAGCGGCGUGCGAACCUCAUCUUUUCUUUCCGCAUUGAUAUUUUGAUACAACAAUAAUACACAGUGUACUACAAUAAAGGCUGCGUUUGUUUAUUUUUUAUUAGUAACUAAAAACAAACGGUAAAAACAAAAACAAAAAAAAUUAAAGAAACGACGCAAACUCGCGUUGCAAAUACUUUACGGUACUCUUUACGUUGCCUCGACGGCAGCGUUUAGAAUCUUCAUCGGUAAAUUUCAAAUUAGCGUAUUCUGGUGUUUCUCUGUCGUAGUCCGUGGUCGUCGUCGUCCCGUUCGCCGUAGUCGUCAUCAUAUAAUCAAUACAACGUAAAACAAACGGCGUACGCCGUACGGGUGACGAGAACAGAGCGAAAGCUGCUACUGGCGUGGAACUCCACCGCCAUUGACAAAGUGGUCACAAAAAAGUGUGCCGUGCAAGAAGACAAACAAAAAAGCAUAAAACAGAAAUAAGAAAAGUGGCAGUAGGAACGGCAAUAACAUAGCAAUAUAUACGUUAAACAUUUGCGUAUUCAAGUUAGUCGUUAUAAACAUAAAUUUAAAUACAAAUUAGAAUCGCACUCAGGCUCGGAUUCUGGCACAAUUAUGGAGCAUUUUCAGCAUCAAAUUCAGCAAACACUUCAACAAUAUCAGCAGCAAUUAGCUGCGCAGCAACAACAACAGGCUGCAGUACAACAACAACAGUUGCAACAACAUCAAGUUGUUGUACAACAAAACCAGCAACAAGCGCAUCAAAAUAGCUCCAACACCACAGCCGGCGUUGGAACCCAACAGCUCUUCACAUACAAAAUGGCCAGCAGUUUUCCGAAUCCAGCCACAACAAUGGCCCAAGUGGUGGCCACAUCUAACGCCGCUGGCACCACAGGCUACGACUACCGCCUAAACAUGGCACAGGCAGCCGCAGCUGCCGCCGUCCCCGGCUCCCAAUGGUGGUAUUCGGCCGCCAAUCAGGGACAAGUCGAUGCUAACGCAGCCGCGCAACUCCAACAGCAGCAGCAACAACAACAACAGCAGCAGCAACAACAACAGCAGCAGCACCAGCAACAGAUGCAACAACAGCAACAGCAACAGAAUGUCAUCAAUUCGGCUAGUCCAAUGAUCAGAGGAAAAGCUGAUGCAAAGCCCAGAGGUCGAAUGACAGCAUACGCAUACUUUGUACAAACUUGCAGAGAGGAGCACAAAAAGAAGCAUCCUGAUGAAACCGUGAUAUUUGCUGAGUUUUCACGAAAAUGCGCUGAGCGAUGGAAGACUAUGGUUGAUAAGGAGAAGAAACGCUUUCAUGAAAUGGCCGAGAAGGAUAAGCAACGGUACGAGACGGAAAUGCAGAACUAUGUACCUCCCAAGGGUGCUGUCGUGGGACGUGGAAAGAAGAGGAAACAAAUUAAGGAUCCGAAUGCACCGAAACGUUCAUUGUCUGCAUUCUUCUGGUUCUGCAAUGAUGAAAGAAAUAAAGUGAAGGCUCUAAACCCGGAGUUCGGUGUUGGUGAUAUUGCCAAAGAGCUGGGGCGGAAAUGGUCUGACGUUGAUCCCGAAGUAAAACAGAAGUACGAAUCGAUGGCAGAACGAGACAAAGCUCGAUAUGAACGGGAAAUGACCGAAUACAAGACAAGUGGGAAAAUACCUAUGUCAGCCCCGUCGAUGCAGGCCCAGGCACAAGCCGUACAGAAAGCUGCGUUACUAGCUGCUGCCGCUCAACAACAGCAUCAGCAACUCGAGGAGCAACAUGACGACGACGAUGGAGAUGGCGAUGAUGACGAAAACCAAUAGGUCUAGCAGUAAAUACUCUUCACUAUUUAUAACACUAUCGGUGGUCAUCACGAACAAGGAAACAUGAUAUAUCGUUAGUUAAUCUAAUAUGCGGUUAACUAAUGUGUAUUAAAUAUAUAUACAUACAUAUAUAUAUAUAUAUAUUUACGAGUAUAUGUAUAAUUUUUUUUUGUUUUAAAAAUAAGUAAUCAAAUUUCCGUGAAAAACUGAAUGAGAAAAUCACAAAGAAACAUUUUUAAGUUCUAUUUUAAGAGUAACAUAAUUAAGUAUGAUUAGAUUAAAAAUGACAUUAACCUGUCUGCAAACCCUUAUUUGUGCUUAUCAGUGCUAAGUUUCUCCCACAAAAACAAAUGAUGAAAAUACUAUGAACGGAAUAAGUUUAUAACUUGAGGAAAUUAGCUUCAUGUCAUUUUUCACGAACAUGAACAUUAACAACUUACAAACCACACAACCAUAUACAUAAAUAUUGGUAAUUCCCAUUUAUUAAUGUUAGAUUCACCAUAAUGGAACUAAACGAAAACAAAAAAUAUUAAUAAUAAUAAUAAUGCGUUUACUCGUUAGAGUUACAGGAAAACUCAAUGAAACGUGAUAAUGUGAAAUACUUAACUCAGUGGCGGGUGAAGUCUCUCUAAUAUAUAUAUAUAUAUAUUACACGCAUAUGUAUAUACACAUAGAUACAUAUAUAACAUACACACACAUUACUUUCAGAAUGCUUCAGAAGGCAGUGCAUUGAUUUUUCUGUCGAUUUUCAUCAAGGCUUCCACUAAAUAGAGUCGGCAACUGUGGAACGCGUGGGUAUUAUAAUACAUAUAUGUAUGUAUGUGCAUAUGUACAAAUGAAGAUUAGUGGCCGCCGUUAAGAUCGUUCAAUAAAAGUGGCUUUGAUAUAUAUAUACAUAUAUAAAUAUUAUAUGCGAAUUGCGUUCAGUUUUUUUAAAUAAGAAUUUUUUUUUUCAAAUUCAUAUAUACGCAUAUGUAUAUAUAUAUAGUUUUCAAAUCGAAAGUAAAUAUUGCCGUGUGUUUCAGCGUUGAGCGUUACGACGACAUUGGAUAAAUGAAAUACAAAUGCAAUCUGCAUAUAUUAAUGUUAUGUUAAGGUUGUUAAACUUUUACAUAAACACAUCUACAUCGUUUAAACACACAACGGACAGAACUAUUGUCUGGAUAAUGUACAUAUAGAAGUAUUAUUUAAAGUAAAUCUUAAUGCUAGGAAGUUAAGGUGAUGCGCAUAAAUGGCUAAGAAUCAUUUAAAAAGAGAACCCUACGAAAUGUAUUUCCAGUGUUAGAAAUGUUCCUAUGGUGCUUUAAAAAACGGCACUAAAGGAAAUAUUUUCAUUGCUCCAUUAAGAAUUACACCUGAUGUAGUGUGCCAAUGGCCAAGAAUACGAAGCGUCGAUUUUUUUUUAAACUUCAUUUUUUUUUUCGUUACGGCACUCCAUUAUUCAUUUGUAUAUUAUUUUCACAAUGUUGCUAGAGAAGAACUCGCCACCGAGAUGAUAUUCAUAAACGUAUAGCUCAUACCUUUUUGAUUUUCAACAUAAAAACGACAACAAAAAACAAAAAUAUGUAACUUAAAUUAAUUUAGUAUACAAAUUCCAGUUCCCUGUGCUUGUGUUAAGAAGGAACUUAUAUAAAUAACGUUUUAGAAAAGAGAUUCUUUAGAUGCAAUGAUGUAAGUUUUCCAAAAUAUUUGAGCGAAAUGUCUUCAAUAAGGCAAACGCGGCAUCGUCUGCCGCAUUUGUACAGGUCAACGUUUUUCCUACGUUUUUCCAUUUGCUUGAGCUUUCCAAAUGUUGAUCCUUUUCUAAUAACCCAAAAUGAAAAAAAAUUAAGAAUAAUAAAUAAAUACAACCCAA